AUGAACCCCAAAUGUAAAUUCAGUCGGGAGUAUACUAAAGUAUGUCUCUGCAGUGUGUGUGGUGGGGAGAUGUGCCUUUCGCUGCUUCAGAACAAAUACAGUUGUUUCUGUUGUACUUGUGAAAGCCAUAUUGAAUGGAGCGCUGAUGUUAAAAAAGCCACAAUUGGUGUUCCUUGUGAGAAGUGCAAACAAUAUCAUACCAUCGAUAUUACUCUCAAGAACGGACAGACUGUUACUGGCUGCCUUCAAUGUGACCUUCCAAUAAAAAAAUUGUCUGACAUCAAAGCAGUGUUUCCUGGUGAAGAAAAACGUGGUGGACGUCGAGGAAGAGGUGUGUAUCGUGGGAGAGGUGGAUUUUCAUCAAGAGGUCGUGGAGGCUCUCACGCAUCUUCUCGCGGUGGUUCUUCAAGUCGAGGACGUGGUGGCAAUACAAGAGGAAGAGGUGGUCGAGGUAAUUAA